AUGUUCUCCUCGACACUCGUCACGGCCGCCGCCCUGCUCCUCGCCGCCACCUCGGCCGGGGCGCGCCGGGUGUGCUACGACCAGACGGAGCUGCUGUACUGCUACAACGGCGAGUUCGACACGCCGCAGGAGGUCGACCCGGCCGACGUGACCUACAUCGCGGCCUACCUGCGGGCGUACGGUCGUGAGACGCGCAACGGUCGCCUCCUGAACAUGAACAUGGCCGACGCCGCCGACUGCGGCGAGUGGUCGCUGUACGCGCGCGGCACAGCACUGGCGGUGGCCAAGAAGGUCAACAUGACCUACGACAGCUCGGUGCUGUUCGAGGACGUCGCCAACACCAUCGACGGCGGCACCGGGGCCAUCCGCCGCAACGGCAUCCACCGCUGCGGCGCGGACGGGGGCUCGCUCGGCGUGGUCGUCAACGCCACCCACCCGUCGUACUCGCUGCCGUCGUACGUCGAUAGCGGUGCGAAACCCGCGGGGAUCGUGAUCAAGAUCGUGGCCAACCUCCUUAACAUUCCAGAUGGAAAGAUGGCCCACAUGCUGCCGCCUGACGACCACAUGACGCGCCGGGCCAUCGCAACAACCUGCCCGCGGUCAUACCUCUUCUGCGUGGUCGCCGACGUCGGCCACCACCCAGACAUCGACACAGAGGCAGACACCGUCGCCGUCGCCUGCCGCCCCCUCGCCAUCACCUACCGUCAGGGACACGGCCAUGCCCCGGCCCACGGCAACCAUGCCUCCGGCCAACGGGUCCGCCACGCCCUCGACGAUGCGGCCCGGGCCGUCGCCGUCCUGACCCACCCGGCCAACCGCCCCGCCCUGGAAGCCGAGCGCGCCCGUGCCGUGGCAUGGUAUCGCCAUCGCGAAAAAAACCCCGGCCGUGCCGAUGCCGAUGCCGGCGACGGCGAGGUCGAGGUCCCCGACGCCCCCCAGCCCCCCUUCGAAAUGCAGUACAAGGGCCACUGGCCAGAACCCACCGGCAGACCCGACCGCCCCGAACUGCCCUGCCGGCCCGACCCGUGCGAGUUCCCCUUCACCUCCACCUGUCUCCGGCUGGCCCUGACCGGCGACGACCUCUACCACACGAGGUACGGCGACGUCCAGGAGCAGCCCCUGCGAUGCGUCUUCCGCGCCGACAAGCUCGAGUACGGCCUCGUCGUCCUCGACAUAUCCGACCUGGACGACCUCCGCUGCGGCUUCGUCGCCCCCGCCGUCCGCUACACCGCCGAGAUCGCGCCCGUCUGGGAUCCCGUCGAGGACCUGCCCCUCACCCACCCUCCCACCCCGGAGCUGGAGACCUCGCUCUCCCGCACCCCCAUGUCUGCCUCCGGAUUCAUGACAAAGUUCGGCCUCUAUGAGUCCUCGCUACCCUUGGCUCGCUUGAAACAGCACCGCGUCGUCGCGAGACACGCACUUGAUUACGUGUGGCCAGGCCAUUCCUCGGGUCCUGCGCGAUCCCCUAACCUGCAAGACGAUGGGGAUCUCGAACCCAUCAUCGACCUCAUUCUUUCCGAGGCUGCGGAAGUCGGCGGACCAGACGUAGCUCAUGCUCACCGUGCGUGCAUCGACCUUCCUGGCUUCCAGGCCCGACUGACCGAGCGGUUACGAGCCAGGCCCGACGGGCUCCGAGGCCUAUCCGCUUCACCUCUACUCCGGCUGGCCUACACGAACACGUCACAUCUCAACUUGGCGGGCUUCACCGGCCUGACGUUCGAAGCGGUAGCCACAUCCCUCCGGUCCGAGGAGCUCUCCGUGACCCGGGCCUUGAGCCUGGGUAUCGACGACGACGAUUGCAGUGGAUCUCUCGAGGCGCUCCUCGACGCUCUGAGCGAGACGGACGCGGUCACACACGUCUUUUUCCUAGCCCAUCCCGGCCGAUCCGACGACGAGCUCUCCUCGCGUGUAUUUGCCCAAAUCUGCUCGUCCCCCUUCGCGUCAAAGAUCCUGCCAUGUAAAGACGUCAAGAUCACGGGCGCCUUCUCGGCACCGCUGCGGCGGAAGCCCUGGCUCGUCGACGCGCGCGGCGACAGGCUGGUAUCCGAACACCUGAUCCGAGCCUCCCCCGUGCAGCACAUGUUCGUCCGCCAGCAGCUCACCGACCGCACGGGCCCGGAAGGCCGAGAGGCCGGCCACCCGCCCCGCUUCCGGCCCCUCCACCUCUUCCUCGGCGACGGCCUCCUGCGGCCGGAGCGUCUCGUCUCCGGUUUUCUCCGGUACUGCAUCCGUCUCCACUCGGAUCGGUUCCUGACCAGCUUCGCCGCGUGCCCGUCGGGUCGGACACCCGCGGACGAGCCGUUCCCCGGCGCGGCCGUCACGCCGAUCCCGGCCGAGAACCUGGCCGUCCCCGAGUGGUGCGACCUCUCGUCUCCGUCACCCUCUCAGGCGGCCGACGGCGGCGACCCGGAGAAGGCGCUGGAGUGCUGGCCCGUAUUCACCGGUCUGGACCCGGGCGGCUGGGUCCUCGUUGUGUCGCACGAAUGGUACGUGGGCCCCCAGACGCUCAGCCGCAGGGCCAACCUCGUACGGCGUCGCAUACCGACGGACGCGGCCUUCGGCGUGCCCGUCAUACGCUACGCCUUUCUCCGUGCGAAGCAGCCCGGCACAGACGCCGCGGAGGUGGUCGGCGACCUGAAGAGCUUUCUGCGCGAGGCCGGCGGGCCAAACGACGAUGGCCGUGGGGACGUGGAUGUGAGCUGGGUGGACGCGCUGGUGGCCCGCACGGCGUCCUCGAUCCGGGAGACGUGGCAGCUGGAGCAGCUGCCCCCGGAACUCGAGCCCGUCAUGGUCAUGGACGACGACACGGCCCGCUCCGUCUUCGCCGACUUCGUGGAGGACGCGGCGUACAUCAGGGAGAACGUGCGUACCGCCAUGCAGCAGGGUCAUUCGGACAACAAACGAAACUGGUACCCUAGUCUCCUCAACGAGUCGGAGCAGCAACGGGCCGCCGCCCCGCGUAAGCGUCGACGGGCGAGUCGAACCGCGGAAGCAGACGCUAGCAAGUCGAGGAACACGGCCGUCUUCGGCACGCUACGCGACUUGGACGUCCCCUGGCCAAACGCUCUCGGGGCGGACAGGCCGGCGACGCCGCCUGAGAGUUUCCCCUGGCUGCCGGGUGAGGCGUCGCCUGAUGAAGACUUGUAG